AAUUUUAUUGAGUUUAGAGUUCGAGGGUCUGACGCAUGCAUUUGGGUUUCCUACAGUUCACUAAGAAGUCAGAUAAUAAGGUGGACAACGUCACACUGCAAGUUAUUUGCGUCUUACCAACAUCUAGUUGUCGGUUACUUGGUCCCAAAAUAACCACCGGCAAGCUAAUUGAGGUUAAACCAACAAAAAUCCGAUUCCCAUUUGAAUUAGAGAAGCAGAUAUCGUGCUCUAUCUUUAUAUCCAACAAAACUGAUGACCACAUUGCCUUGAAGUUGACGUCCACGAAUUCGGUGGACUACAGCAUUCGACCUUCCAUGGCAAUCAUCUUACCACGAUCCACAUGCGAAGUCAUUGUUCUAAUGGAAGAGCAAAGGAAAGCACCACGCAACAUGAGAUGCGAUGUCACUUUUUCUAUUAAUGCCGUCGUCGCCUUUGCAGGAGCCACUGCGAAGGACAUCGUUGCUCAUAAAAUGUUUUUCAGAGAGUCGGGUAAUACAGUAGACAUGGUGAAGCUGAAAGAUAUAUAUGUAUCACCGCCUAAGCCUCCAUCGCCGGUUCCUGAGAGAUGCGACAAGCGAUCUUUGUAUUGGGCUUCUGCUACAACAACUUUACGGAAAUUUUGUAAUGGCUUUGCGAGGAGGAGAAUGUGGAAAUCCCACACAAAAAUAAACUCUAAUAGUGACUUGAUCAGAGAGCCGUUGCUGGUUUCUUCUUCUAAUCAAACUGGAGCCUAAAUGUGUCGUACAAUUCAAAUACAUAUACUGCAGAAGUUAAUGUUUCCAAACCACAUGAAAUCAUGAAUGGGAUAUGUGGUUACUUUUUUCAAAGAGCAUGGUUUUGGUUCAUGUUCUUUUGCUUUUUUAUUUUUAACAAACUCAGAUAGAAUUAUUACAAAGAAUAGCAAUUGAGCUGUUGCGUAAUAAGAAAACAGUAGCGUGCUCCUACAUGUUAAUCAAUAUUCUGUUUCAGUAAUCUUGUAUGAUGCAAGGAUGCAAGGAGGAACCAGAACGUGAACAAAAAUUGGAGCAAAGAACAGCUAGAGCCAAAUAGUUCAAUUUAGUACCAUAUUGAAAACACAUUUUCCUAACUCUUAAAAAAAAGAAAACACAUCGAAACACUUUCUUAAUAAGCAAACAUUCCCAAUACUCAUACUUCUAACUCCUAAAAAAAGACAACACAUUGAAACACUUUCUUAAUAAGCACUAAUAAUAAAGGCCGUAAAUCAGUGGCUGGGAGGGAAAAUGGGAGCCUGUGAGAGGGGGUGGGAGGGAAAAUGGGAGCCUGGGAGAGGGGGUGGGAGCAUUAACCUUGGAUAGAUUUAAUCUCGACAUUGGUGAUAAGUAGGCCCAGAGCAAUAAUUGCUCCCCACGCCACAGCAGUAAAAACAGUCAUUAGGGCAAUGGGGAUUUUGAAAAUCUCCAGGAUAACCAAAAGUACAACCGAUAGGAUGGAGAAGACCCCGCUGCAAACCACGACCCAAAGAUUAGGGGUUCGGCUACCCGUCCAGUUUGCCAACAUAACGGCAGA